GGAGCGUCGGUCCCACGAGGCAGUUUGGAUUGUAAGACAACUUUAUUUUUAACUGAAGACAACACAAUAUCCAGUAAUAGAAGAGUUGUUAAAUACGAUUUCCUCCAGGGAAUUCCAGUUCUUUGUCCAUGGAGACCCAGUGUGUCUGGUUACCCGAUGUAUUUUCAGGACUAGAACAUUUCCUGGUACAAAGAAUGCAGUAAAAAAAUAUUUAUUGAGUAAAUAAAGGAAUAAAAGUAUUUUCAAAUGACCAUUCACAAUUGCUUUGUCUCUUUGUUUUCCAACAUUGUAGGAGGUUUAAAUUUUUAAUUGUCUUGUAAUUCCAAUCCAGACAAACAGGGUGUGUCCAGAGAAUGAGAAACCCUGACUAGGUUUAGUAUCUGGAAUUAGGGUUCCGUGGAAUGUAGCACUGAUGAAGUUUUUUAUUUUUUUUUCUAUAUAAAGGAAAGACAAAAUAGAGGUCUCAUUUUCCAGAGAAGAAGAAACUGGACAGUGCAGAAUUUUGGGAGAUCAAAGUGCUACUUUGUUGAGGAACCUUCCUCAGAAUCUGUUGGCUUCACUGUUUCCUGCAAUUUUUGAGUUCUGAUGGGCCAAUUUCUCCUCUUGGCUUGACUCUUCUAAAUGCACUCAUGAGCUCUUCAAGGGUCUUGGCUCCAGAGUCAGUGACCUUCAAAGAUGUAGCUUUGGACUUCACCCAGGAAGAGUGGUCCCUGCUGGACACAACCCAGAGAAAUCUGUUCAGAGAUGUGAUGAAGGAAAACAUCAAUCACCUGGUUUUCAUAGGGAAUCAUCUUUGCAAAUCAGAUGUGAUUUCCCAGCUGGAGCAAGGAGAGGAACUGUGGAGGGAAGGAGUAGGAUUUCUCCAAGAUGAAAGCCUAGUUAUUUCAGUCAGGGAAAGUGGACGUAAAAAGCAAGAAGUGAUAUCCUGCAGGAAGAACAUAUCCACCAUUAUGGCAAUGCAGAGAUCUCUUACUGAAGAGAAUCCCUUUGAAUGUAAUGAUUUGGGAGAAGAUUUUACUGACAGCAUCACACUGAGUCAACAUGUAUUAACUCACAUGGGAAAGAAACAUGAUGUCAGCAAAGAAUUUGGAAAUUCCCUUAGUGAGCAGUCAUUUUUUAAUCAACAUAAGCAAAUUCACACUAGAAGUAAACCAUAUGACUGUCAUCUAUGUGGGAAAGCCUUUAUUCAAAGCUCUGACCUUAUACAACACAUUAGAACUCACACAGGAGAGAAACCGUAUGAUUGCCAUAUGUGUGGGAAAACCUUCAGUACAAGAUCUAACCUUAAAAAACACGAGAGAAUUCACUCUGGAGAGAAACCGUAUGUUUGUCAACUAUGUGGGAAAGCCUUUAGUCAGAGUUACGAGCUCAGAAGUCAUGAGAAAACACAUACUGGAGAGAAACCAUUUGAGUGCAAUGUAUGUGGGAAAGCCUUUAUUCAGAGGUCUUGCCUUACACAACACAAUAGAACUCACACUGGAGAGAAACCAUAUGAUUGUCAUAUAUGUGGAAAAACCUUCAGUACAAGAUCUAAUCUUAGAAAACAUGAGAGAAUUCACACUGGAGAGAAACCGUAUAUUUGUCAACUAUGUGCGAAAGCCUUUAGUCAGAGUUAUGAGCUUAGAAGUCAUGAGAAAACACACACUGGGGAGAAACCAUAUGAAUGCCAAGUAUGUGGGAAAGUCUUCAUUCAAAAGUCUUGCCUUACACAACACAAUAGAACUCACACUGGGGAGAAACCAUAUGAAUGUCAUCUUUGUGGGAAAGCCUUCAUGAAUUGUUCUAACUUGAGACGACAUGAGAGAAGUCACACUGGAGAGAAACCAUAUGGUUGUCAACUAUGUGAGAAAGUCUUUAGUCAGUGUUCUGAACUUAGAGAUCAUGAGAAAACUCACACUGGAGAGAAACCAUUUCAGUGUAAUGUAUGUGGGAAAACUUUCAGUAGAAGUUCUAACCUGAGACUUCAUGAGAGAAUUCAUACUGGAGAGAAACCGUAUGAAUGCCGUGUAUGUGGGAAAGCCUUCACCAGGAGUUCUAACAUGAGACUACAUGAGAAUUCACACUUGAGAGAAACUGUGUUUGCCAACUUUGUGGAAAGCCUUUAGUCAAUAUUCUGACCUUAGAAAUCAUGAGAAAACACAGGAGAGAAACCAUGUGAAUGCUAAGUAUGUCGGAAAGUAUUCAAAAGUUUUGCCUUAUACAACACAGUAGAACUCACACUGGGGAGAGACCAUAUGAAUGUCAUCUGUGUGGGAAAGCCUUCAUUAAUUGUUCUAACUUGAGAUGACAUGAGGGAAGUCACAGUGGAGAGAAACCUUAUGAAUGUUAACUAUGUGGGAAAGCAUUUAGUGUUCUGAACUUAGAGAUCAUGAGAAAACUCACACUGGAGAGAAACCAUUUCAAUGUAAUGUAAGUGGGAAAACCUACAGUAGAAGUUCUAACCUGAGACUUCAUGAGAGUUUUUAUACUGGAGAGAAACCGUAUGAAUUCCCUAUAUGUGGGAAAGCCUUCUCUAGGAGCUCGGAGAUACAGCUAUAUGAAAAUUCACACUUGACAGAAACCAUGUUUGUCAACUAUGUGGAAAGUCUCUAGUAUUCUGACCUUAGAUGAGAAGACACAUAGGAGACAAAUCAUAUGAAUGACAUGUAUGUUGGGAAAGCUUUCGUUUUAUUGUUUUGACCCUAGACAUGCAAGCAAUUAUAUAUGUAGUAAUUAUGGAAGAAACGUCUGCCUUAGUUGUAACAUUUAAGCACCCCGGAGGAAUCACACAUUGAAGGAACACUGUGUAUGUAAUCAAUGUAGAAGUUGUCUUAGUCAUCCUUGCUACUUCAACCUAAGCAAAUUCAUAAUGUACAGAAUCCAUGUGAAUAUCAUAUAUGCGGCAAAUUUAGUCAAUGGUCUGACCUUAUUUGGCAUAAGAAAACUCAAUAGAAAUUUAAUGAAUGUGAUAGUUUAGUCACUGUUCUUACUAUUAAAGUGGAACUCACAAGUGAUAAAAAUUGUUUUUAUUCAAUGUGGAAAUGUGUUAUUUAUAUUGAUCCUUUAAACAAAGUAAAUAAAUGCCACAGCAGAUAAAUUCAAGGUCUGUAAAUCACUGUGCAUAUUACUUAGCCAUGCACCAGCCUUGGUGUGCACAAGAAAACUCAUUAUAGGAGUAAUGACUUUUUAGGGAUUGAGGUAUUUCCCUUAAAAGAUAUGUUGAAGUCCUGAUUUCUGUACCUGUGAAUGUGACUUUGUUUGAAAUGUUUUUCUUUUGUUAUCAGUUAAUGAGCUUAUACCAGAGUAGGGUGUGUCCUAAUCGCUUCUAAGUGGUGCCUUAUAAAAGGGAAGAACGGACAUGGAGAGUCUCACCAGAAGAAGAUAGAAGCCAUGUGAAGAUACAUCUACAAGCCAAAGAAUGCCACUACAAAACACCAGAACGUGGAGGAGACAAGGAAAGAUCUUUUAUAGCAGAGAAAGCAUGUUCUUCCAAAGCCCUAAAUUUGGAGUUCUAGCCUCCAGAACCACAAGAAAAUUAUUUUCUAUUGUUUAAAGUCACCCACUUUGUGGUAUUUUGUUACAGCUGCUCUAGGAAUCUAAGAUACCACCAAAACAUGAAGAGAAGUUUUUACUAGGAGGACAAAGCCUUUUAAGGAAUACCAGAGAAUUCAUGGUGAAGUUUUCAGUGAAAAAUCAUAGAAGUCAUUUUAUUCAGAGAGCAACAUUUUAGAACAUGUGAAGUUUCACACUGAAUGAAACACAGUGCUGAAAGAAAGGUUUCAAUGAUCACUCAAUCCUAAAAAAAGCAAUAAAAACCAUUGUCAUCGAUUCAGUUCUGACUCAUAACGACCCUAUAGGACAGAGUAGAACUUUCAUUCUCACACCAAGUAGAAAAUCCAAAAAUCAAAGUGGAAGGGGGAAAAAAAAAAAAGAAAACUUUACAUGGAUUUCACAUCAGAAAACUCAUACUGGAAAGUAAAAUCUAAAAGAAACCUUAAGAACAAAAUUUAGCAAAGGAUUCAAGUUUUUGACAAAACACAUAUUGAAAGUGUGUAAUAUAAUGAUGUGGGAUUGUGAAGUGAUUCGGGCAUAUCAGAUGCAGAAUUUUGUAAGAAGUAUUGUGAAAAGAUAUUAAACUCAAUAGAUUAGUACUUGCAUAUGUGGAAACAGUAGAAGUUGUUGGUGAAAAAUCCGUUGGUCAAAUUCCAGGUUUCUAUGCAGUCAAAACGCAUAGAUUUGGGUUAAUGAAAAUGCUUUUACCUCAAAUUGAUACAUUUAGAAUACAAAGUCGUAUUUCUUAACUUGUAGAGCUAUAUGCACGUAAGUGAAAGCAAAUGCUGAUAAAAACACACUUUAUAAGUAAAUACAGAUUCUACAUAAAUUCUGCUUUUAAAAAUCCAUUUAAUGUCUUCAAAGUUUAAAAAGGAAUUACAAAAGAGUAAUUUUUUUUAAGUCUUGGAUGAUUGGAGGUACAUUGGCAAGAAAAUUUCUCAGGAUGAGUACAUGGAAGAACAGUAAAGAUGUGGGCAGGGUCCCAUUUUCAGAAUGCCUUAUGCGUUAAAACCUGCGAAAGCUGGAACCUGUGUAAGGCGGAAACCUUUCAGAGAAGGAAAACUUGCUGGAUGUUUAUGAGGUAUGAUUCUUAAUAGAGAGCGAUAGAAAAGUGGUAAGAUUGCACUCUGUCAACGAUGGAAAAUUUUGAGACCUAGAAAAACAGGGCAGUCCCAUUAAGUUCCAGCUUUUAGUGUAUAUUUAUAUUAAUGUAUGUAGUCACAAAUCACUACCCCUCCUAGCAGCAUGCAGAACAUUGCUUGUCAAAACAGAGGAGAAAGAACCCAUGAGAAUUUGACUUUGUUUAUAUUUCUCAGAAAAGAGUGAGUUUGCAAAUCACCAACCAAGAGUGACUCCCAGUCCUUUCCAUACACAUGCAGAAGUCUCGGAGAGAAAAUCAUGGAGCUCUCACCUUUUCCAAGAUGACCAGAGAUGUCCUGUUACUUGUUACUAAUUUGGAAGUGAUUAAUAUCCCUGUUUUGCACAUGGGAAUACAAUCUAGAUGGUUAUAACUAAUUUAACCCAUUUUACUGAGGGAUUAUGCAGUGCCUGCCUCCAUCCCCAACUUUAUUUUUGAGCUUUUGUUUGUAAUGUUUUAUACUGAUGGAUCUUUAUGUUCAUUAAUCUUGCCUUCUAUGUGUAAAGUCUGUUAAACUUAUCCUUUAAGUUCUCCCAUGGACCAUAGUUUGCCAAACCUUGUGCAACAGCACUUCAUCUAUUAAUACAUUUCUUAUAGUUUCCUCUAUUUUAUGUAAACAGUUUAUAAUAAUUUUAAAUCUUUUUUCUUCUAAGUCCAGUCUCAAGAUAUGUGUGGCUCUGUUUGUUGUAUCUCCUUUUUCUCUUUAUUAUUCAUAAUAUUCCCUGCUGUUCUAAAUACCCAUUGCCGUUGAGUCAAUUGUGACUUAUAGUGACUCUAUAGGACAGAGUAGAGCUGUCCCGUAGGGUUUCCAAGGAGCAGCUGAUGAAUUCGAACUGCCAACCUUUUGGUUAGCAGCUGAGCUCUUAACCACCAUGCCACCAGGGCUAUUUUGCAUAUAUUCUACUUUCUGUAUGAUAAAUAGAUCAAGAAGAGACUGAAGCUGAUCUUUUCCCCUAGAGAGGUUGGAUAUUCUCUCUGAGGAAGAUAGAGGAAGGAAUCGUCACUUAUUUUCAAUCAAGAAUUGAACUGUACUCUGGCUGGGUUGCAGUUUUGAUUACAAUCAGUCUAACCAUCUUGCCUUUAAGAUCAGUCUUUUGGAUUUAUUUCAGGCAUGUUUCUGUAGUUGGACAGUGUCAUGGAUUGAAUUGUGUCCCCCAAAAGUAUCUGUCAACUUGGCUAGGUCAUGAUUCCCAGUAUUGUAUGAUUGUGUAAUCUGAUGUGAUUUCCUUAUGUGUUGUAAACUCUGUCACU